AUGAAGUAUAAUUGGGUUUUUUUGUUUAACAUUAGAUAAGCAUGAGACCGCCGUGGCACAGCUGCAUGUAUAUUCAUUCUUGAAGCAAUUGCACACUUUAUUGGCUGACAAUCUUGGCAUUUUUAGCAAAAAACAAAAUAAAAAGACACAGGACAUCUGUGUUUGACUUGUCAAACAAACUUUUUGGGUGUCAUCUGAUGGAGCCUUCUGGCGGUGAACACUUUUAUGAUGACCCCGACCUUGGAGGCAAGUCUCAAGAUCAAGAGGCCAAAAGGCAGCAUGAGUCAGAGCAAAAGUUGUCUAAAAUUACCCAUAAUGCCUUGGAAAAUAUUAAUGUGAUUGGUCAAGGUUUGAAGCACCUCUUCCAGCACCAGCGCAGGAGAUCCUCAGUGUCUCCACAUGACGUGCAGCAAGCUCAGGUUGAUAUGGAGCCUGAAAUGGAAUUGGAAAGCCAAAGCACAUGUGCUGAAAUUGAUGGUGUGUCUACCCACCCUACAGCUCUAAACAGAGUUCUUCAACAAAUCCGAGUGCCACCUAAAAUGAAGAGAGGAACAAGCUUGCAUAGCAAGCGAGGCAAGUCAGAUCCUCCAAAAGGAAGCCCUCAGAUCAACAGGAAGUCUGCCCAAGAUAUUCAUUCAGGCCGACCCAGAUCCUCAUCAACUACUGAUGCUCCUACUAACUUAUCUGUGCUAGAGAUGGCAUCUCCUGUUUAUGUAGCUGGUGAAGAGGUUCCAUUGGCAGAGCGGAUCGAACGGUUAGAUGUAAGCAGCCUAGCACAAACAUCUAGUGCAGUGGCCUCAAGCACAGACUGCAGCAUCAAUGCAGACUCUGUUGAUGGAACACCGGAUCCUCAGCGCACAAAAGUGGCCAUCACCCACCUGCAGCAGAAGAUCCUGAAGCUGACGGAGCAAAUCAAAAUAGAACAAACAGCUCGAGAUGAUAAUGUGGCAGAGUACCUGAAAUUAGCCAACAAUGCUGACAAGCAGCAGAGUGCUCGUAUCAAGCAGGUGUUUGAGAAGAAGAACCAGAAGUCAGCCCAGACGAUCCUCCAGCUGCAGAAGAAGUUAGAGCAUUACCAUCGGAAGCUGCGAGAGAUUGAACAGAAUGGCAUCCCCCGACAACCUAAAGAUGUCUUGAGGGAUAUGCACCAGGGGCUGAAGGAUGUUGGGGCAAAGGUCACAGGCUUCAGUGAAGGAGUGGUAGACAGUGUUAAGGGUGGACUUUCUAGUUUCUCCCAGGCAACACAUUCAGCAGCAGGUGCUGUUGUUUCCAAACCUCGGGAGAUUGCCUCGCUCAUUAGGAACAAGUUUGGAAGUGCAGACAAUAUAGCUAAUCUGAAGGACUCCUUGGAAGAAGGUCAAGAAGAUGGGACUGGGGGAAAGACUUUAGGGGUUCAUAACUUUCAUUCAAGCCCAAAAUAUGGUAGUGAGGAAGAUUGUUCCAGUGCCACAUCAGGCUCUGUGGGAGCCAACAGCACCACAGGGGUCCCCAUGGGAGCACCAAGCUCCAAAACAAACACUCUGGAUAUGCAGAGCUCAGGGUUUGAUGCAAUACUCCAUGAGAUUCAAGAAAUAAGAGAGGCUCAAGGGCGACUGGAGGAAUCCUUUGAGAACCUCAAGGCUCUCUAUCAGAGGGAUUAUUCCUUGAUAAUGCAGGCUUUGCAGGAAGAGAGAUACAGAUGUGAACGGUUAGAAGAACAGCUGAAUGACCUGACUGAACUCCACCAGAAUGAGAUUCUCAAUUUAAAGCAGGAGUUGGCCAGCAUGGAGGAAAAAAUAGCUUAUCAGUCCUACGAGCGAGCCAGAGACAUUCAGGAAGCAUUAGAGGCAUGUCAGACCAGAAUCUCAAAGAUGGAACUGCAACAACAGCAGCAGCAAGUUGUCCAGUUGGAGGGUCUUGAAAACGCCACUGCCAGAAACCUUCUGGGCAAGCUCAUCAACAUCCUCUUGGCUGUCAUGGCUGUUCUGUUGGUCUUUGUCUCCACCGUGGCUAACUGUGUAGUCCCCCUCAUGAAAACUCGCAGCAGGACGUUCAGCACUUUAUUUGUAGUGGUCUUCAUUGCCUUUUUAUGGAAGCACUGGGAUGCCCUUACUGGCUACUUGGAACGAUUUUUUUCACCCCCUAGAUGAUGUCAAGAAGAACUGGCUGUUGCCCCACCCACUCCAGUUUGCUCUGGCAAGUGAGCGCGGCAAAGCUUAGUCAGCAGCUUCUUCCUCCACUGAAGUUUUAAAGUGUCAGAGUGUGAAUUUGUUUACAGUUUAAAACAAAAAUAACGUUUUCUCUCUAUGAGAUGUAUUGGCAAUAGUAUUUUUUAGAUUUUAUUCAAGAGCUCAUUUUUGGCAAAAAUCCUGGAUAAUUUUUAUGUAGCAUGGUUCUCUUUGGAUGCAAAGAUUCCUUAAAACGUACAAAAUAAAAGAAAAACACCGAUUUGGAGCACACCAAUGGGCAAUUUAAGUUAUAGCUCGAACUACUGUACUAAACCUGUUGGGAAGAGGAGAAUAUGGUUACAUAAAACAUAACAAAAGAUUAACCUAGUGCACAGCCUUGUACAAUGGUACUGGAUGAUCCCAUAAUGCUGCUGUGAAACCUGACAACAUUCCAUGUCCGAAUGUCUAGCUUCAGGGUGGCUUUCUCUAAUGGAAGAUCAAUACAAUGCGUGGAACUCCCUGGAUCUCUUGCUAAGUUGGCCUCUUAUGCUAACAAGGCUGCCAUUUUUUUUUCUUGUAAAGCCUGCUGAACUUUUUGGCUAGGUAUAUGAAGUGGAUGAAUAACACCAUUCAGUAACUGCACAGUUGUUCUACAGUAUUUUGAAGUAGCCCUUUAAAUACUUAAGCAAAAGCCCUUGGUUGCACUUUUACGGUUUUUUAAAAUAUGUAUAGUCACAGAUUUAAAAAUCCAAACGGCAUACUUGAAGAGUGUAAUACUCAAACUCUCAGUGCUUCCUUAUUGUUUCUAAUAGGAUUUUUUUAUUGUUGUUGUUAUUGGGGGUUGUUUUUGAACUUAGGGAUUGGGAGGGGGUUGUCUUUCUUCCCCCCCCCCCCUUAAAAAUAAAGAAGUGAUGUUCUUAAAUGAAGAAA